CAUGUGUUGUUUAUUUUCUCAGCUACUUUGUCAACAACAUCAACAAUGCCAUCGAGCAAAGUUCGCAUAUCUUAACCGCCACCGUUCAGCUGUUGUUAAGCUCCAACUUUGUCUAUUUUUUGUGGUGUUGUUGUUAAAUUUAACCCAAGUAUCGCUUCAUGAAACUCAAAGUCGAAGUUAUUUGUCGGAAUUGCGUGUACAGGAAUUGCAUAACAUCGCCAUACGCUUGGAACAUUCCGUGGAUGCGGAUAAAAGAGCCUGUGAAAGUUACUAUGAUUAUGUGUGUGGUCGCAAUCGUCCUUUGUUUUCCAUAAUGGGUCAUCUUCCUGAUAGCAAUGAGCUCAUACACCUGCUAACCGAACUUCAAGAGGAUCCAGAACAAUUUGAAGCCAAACAAAAGCUAAUGGAUUUCUUUAUAUCGUGCAACUCUAUGAAGUCGCUAGAUGAUUGCUAUCGUGAAUCCUUUGAAUAUUUCAAGCCGCUUUUCGGUUAUUUGAUAAGUAAAAAUUAUCUCGAUAAUUCACCAGAAGAGUUGGAAACAUUCCUUAACAUACUUGAUCGAUUCAUAAGAGUUGCCGAACAGAAUAAACGUUUCCGUCAGGAGCCCACCUUGUUGAAACUGACAACAUUAAAAACCAGUUUUCGUUAUCCCCAAACCUAUUUUCGUUCGGUAAAAUUAAACAAGGAAUAUGAAACAUUGAAAAUAUAUCGUGAAAGUUAUCUGCAUAAUAUUAAAAAUCUGGAAGUGUUUCGUAGGCGUAAUUCAACCUAUACACAAGGUACCAACCGAAUUGUGCUCGAUUGGACGUUGUAUCUGUACCAGAGUCGCCACAAACCAAUUUCAUAUUAUUAUCCCACCUUUAAUGCUCAUUUGUGGAUGUCCGUGUAUAAUCGUUCAGAGGUGCGUGAAUAUGAACCGAAGAGAUUUGCCGAAAUUGGUGAAUGCCUCAAAUUGCCCCAGUUCGUAAAUGCUCUGGAAGAAGCACGCAUCCUAACCAUAGUCUAUUUGAAAAGUUUCAACAGUGCCUGGAAAGAUUAUAUGGAUUGGAUUUCUUCAUCUCCCCAAAACGAAUACAUCACGGAUCAAGAAAAUCAAAUUCUCGCCCAAUAUCAACUAAAUAAUGAGAAAUUAUUUUUUACUUUGUACGCGCAAAACUUUUGUGAAUUUGGCCGAGACUUGGCGGAACAUGUAUUCUUUGUUGGUUUAAAACAUAGUUUCAAUUUUACCCGAGCAUAUUCGUGUGGCCUUGGUGUUGAUAGAAGUUAUGAUUGUUUGUAA